CCCGGGGCACCGUGCCCUGUGCUGCGCCCCGGAGUCCCCCACCGAGGCCGGUGCACAGACCUACAGAGAAACACCCCCUUGAUCUCCCCUGACAAUGGAGGCGAAGAGGUCACCUGAUGGCGGAUGGGGCUGGGUGAUUGUGCUUGUCUCCUUCUUCACUCAGUUUCUGUGCUAUGGAUCCCCGGUGGCCGUUGGAGUCUUGUACAUAGAAUGGCUGGAUGCCUUUGGUGAAGGCAAAGGGAAAACGGCCUGGGUCGGAUCCCUGGCAAGUGGAGUUGGCUUGCUUGCAAGUCCUAUCUGCAGCCUGUGUGUCUCAUCUUUUGGAGCAAGACCCGUGACCAUCUUCAGUGGCUUCAUGGUGGCUGGAGGCCUAAUGUUGAGUGGUUUUGCCCCUAAUAUCUACUUUCUGUUUUUUUCCUAUGGCAUUGUUGUAGGUCUCGGAUGUGGUUUAUUGUACACUGCAACAGUGACCAUUACGUGCCAGUAUUUCGACAGCCGCCGAGGCCUUGCACUUGGCCUGAUUUCAACAGGUUCAAGUGUCGGACUUUUUAUAUAUGCUGCUCUGCAGAGGCUGCUGAUUGAGCUCUACGGCCUGGAUGGGUGCCUGCUGAUUGUGGGUGCUUUAGCUUUAAAUAUAUUAGCCUGUGGCAGUCUGAUGAGACCCCUCCAGCCCUCUGAUGGCCCUGUGCCUGAAAAAACAGCUCUGGAGAAUGUACCAGAUAGAUACUCCACUUACAAUGAAAAAGAAAAGAACCUGGAAGAAAACAUAAACAUUCUCGAGAAGAGCCCUUUAGCCAACGGUGACUGGAGACAGGAGAGCCUGCUUGGGAAAAACCCAACUACAACGGCCCGCACAAAAGAGACAGAAACGUACAAAAAGAAAGUUGCCGAACAGACAUAUUUUUGCAAACAGCUUGCCAAGAGGAAGUGGCAAUUAUAUAAAAACUACUGUGGAGAAACUGUGGCUCUUUUCAAAAACAAAGUAUUUUCAGCACUCUUUAUUGCCAUCUUUCUUUUUGACGUCGGAGGGUUUCCGCCUUCGUUACUUAUGGAAGACGUAGCGAGGAGUUCAAAUGUGAAAGAGGAAGAGUUCACUAUGCCUCUGAUUUCCAUUAUUGGCAUUAUGACGGCCGUGGGUAAACUCCUGUUAGGGAUACUGGCUGACUUGAAGUGGGUUAAUACCUUGUAUCUUUACAUAGCUACUUUAAUACUCAUGGGCCUGGCCUUGUGUGCAAUUCCAUUUGCCAAAAGUUAUGUCAUGUUGGCCAUACUCUCUGGGAUCCUAGGGUUUCUUACUGGUAAUUGGUCCAUUUUCCCUUAUGUGACCACAAAGACUGUGGGAAUUGAAAAGUUAGCCCACGCCUACGGGAUAUUAAUGUUCUUCGCUGGACUUGGAAACAGCCUUGGACCACCAAUUGUUGGUUGGUUUUAUGACUGGACCCAGACCUAUGACAUUGCAUUUUUUUUCAGUGGCUUCUGCGUUCUGCUGGGAGGCUUCAUUCUGCUGCUAGCAUCCUUGCCCCCCUGGGAAACAUGCAACAAGCAACUCCCCAAGCCAGCGCCAACGACCUUUCUAUACAAAGUCGCCUCUAAUGUUUAGAGCAAUAUUGGAAGGCAGUACAAGACUGUUUCUUCAUAGCAAAAUUUCACUGUGACUGACUCUGAAUGAUUUAAAAAAAAAAAAAAA